GAAGAGGGCCAAUCCACAUUCUUUCAGGUGUCGACUAAGGAUUUGUGAUUGCUUAUUUUCAGACAGCAAAACCAAGGGUUUGUUUCUUGAUUAGUGUGUGUGACUGUGUGUAUUUAUAUAUAUAUAUAUAGAGAGAGAGAGAGAGAAGGAAUGGCGGCGAGGUGGGUUUUCGUGUUUUUUGUUGCUCUUCUUGUAGCCCGUCAGGCGGCGGCGGCGAGGGUUGUGCCCGCAGGUGACAACGGUCUCUCCGAUCAGAAGAACUUUCUCUCUUUCGGCGGCGUUGGUAACUACGCCGGCGUCGGAGACAACGGCAUUCUCUUCGGCGGCGUCGGCGGGGGCGUAGGUGGUGGUGGCGGCGUUGGUGGGAGCAAUAGUGUAGGCGGCGUUGGAGGUAUUAUUGGAACUGGGCCCGACGGUAGUCUUGGUGGAAUCGGUGGCGCCGGCAGCAUUCCUGGUGGAAUUGUUGGCGGCGUCGGCAGCAUUCCCGGCGGACUUGGCGGCAUCGGCAGCAUUCCCGGCGGACUUGGCGGCGUAGGCAGCAUUCCCGGUGGACUUGGCGGCGUUGGCAGCAUUCCCGGCGGGAUUGGUGGAGUAGGCAGCAUUCCCGGUGGCAUUGGCAGCAUUCCCGGCGGAAUAGGUGGAGUUGGCAGCAUUCCCGGUGGCAUUGGCGGAAUCGGCGGGAUUAGCGGCGUUGGUGGAGGAGCAGGUGAUGGCGCCGCCGGAGCUCUGCCAUCCCCUUGAAAAACUAGGGUUGUGUGGUUAAUGAGAUGUUGCUCUACUUUCUACUUUGUAGUGUGUUGUUAUUAGCAAGAAUCUUUUGAAUUUUAGUGUAACUGUGUGAUGGUUUUCUUAUCUUUUUUUUACUAUCUAUUUUAAAGUGUGCUAAAUCUUUGACCUUUUCUAAUGUUAAGUUUCUUUUAAGUUUUAAUCAAAAUUUGUGCUAAA